CAUCCUCAGCCACAUGCUGAGAGUGAGUGCAAGACAGGCCGCCCCAGGGCUGUCCAUCCGUGGAGCACGUGGAGCCAGGAGAGAUGUCUGCCCCCGACCUGCGCUGGAGCUCCGCACAUGCUCUGUCUGCCAGCCCGGUCCCACUCACCCAGCCCUCGGCUGCUGGAGCUUGGGGAGCUGCAGCAUCUCUCGGCUGCUCGUAGGCAGUGCCACUCGCUGAAGACCUGACAUUUUUCAGAAUCUCACUUAGGCUUCCAGGGACGUUCUUUUAGGAAGGUCUAUGACAGCAUACGGUGUUUCCAUCAGACUCUUGCCUUGUCUACAACCUGCAGCCGUAAAAGUGAGUUUAAUUCUCUGACAAGAAGACUGGCAACAGCUGUCGUUGCACCGUGUACUGUAAUACAUGAGAUUCUUCCCACAAAACCCUGGAGAUGGCAUUUGUCUGGUCUGGUUGUAAAUAAUGAGAUAGAUCACAAUGGAUUUCAGUUCAUCAUCACUGUUUGAUCAGCACAAAGCUGAUGCAGCAGAAGAGGUUGACUUGACUGUGGUUUACCAAGCAGCAGCCAAUGGUGAUGUGAACACACUGACUGCAGUGAUUCGGGAAGAUCCUUCUAUCCUUGAGUGUUGUGACAGAGAGGGUUGCACCCCUUUGAUGCAUGCUGUGUCAGGAUGCCAGGUUGAUACAGUGAAGCUUCUGUUGAAGAUGGGAGCAAAUAUUAAUAGUCAAGAUGUAGGACGUAUCAGUUUAUCUCUGGCAACUUAUCUGGGCUGGCUGGAAGGCUGUGUCAGCUUGCUCAGGAACGGUGCUAAGCAGAACAUACCUGACAAAAAUGGGAGAUUGCCACUACACGCUGCAACUGCAGAGCCUGACGUGAGGCUUCUGAGCGUGCUUCUGCAGCAGUCAAAUCUUAGUGAAAUUAAUCAUCAGGCCAAUGAGGGAAUGACUUCACUCCACUGGGCUGCUUUCCACAACAGACCCCAGCACACCCAGACUCUGCUGCACAACGGAGCAGACCCAGCUCUGGUGGACAAGGACUUCAAAACAGCUCUGCACUGGGCGGUACAGAGUGGCAACAGGAUUCUGUGUUCCAUCAUUCUGGACCACUGCCAGGGACCCUCAAUAAUAAACUAUGACGAUGAGAAUGGCAAAACAUGUAUGCACAUUGCUGCUGCUGCAGGCUACAGUGAUAUUAUCAGUGAGCUGGCCAAAGUCCCAAAGCGCAACCUGCAGGCCCUGGAUGUGGAUGAUAGGACUCCUUUGCACUGGGCUGCAGCAGCAGGGAAAGUUGACUGUGUGCAGACACUGCUGGGGAUAGACAGCAGUCCUCGAGAUAUCAAUGAAAACACUCCUCUGAAUGCAAUGUACCGUGGGCACACAGCAUGCAUCAAGCUUUUGAUUUGUACUUCCAGUAGAUCUGAGUCAGUUCAUCAGUUUCCCUCUCUGGACAACAGAGGUAUAAAGAAAGAAGGACGAUUCAGUAUGCUGAACCACAACUUCUCUUGCAAAAAGAAGAAAGAAGAUCAGAAAACCAGUCAGAAGGAGAGAAGCAGAGAACAUCCUAAAGAAGAGACCUCAGAAGUAGAUGAUAUCAUCACCUGUUUUGAUUGCAUUAUGAACACAAGUUGCAAAGACAUUCCAAAUCAUUGUAUGACCACCCAUGACUUUAAAAGAAGGAGCACAGACACAAAGUAUCUCAUACCAGAAAAGAAGCAACCAGCAUGUCAGGGACUUCUGCCCAUCAGCAUGCAGAGCCUCCCCCCAAUCACUGCAGGUAAUUCCUUCCUAACUGCUUCCCAGAACACAGUGUCAAGCUUCUCUUUUGGCACCAGUACCCACCAUUUUCCACACAAGUCUCAAAAGAGUAGGAGUGAACACAACUUGCUGGACUACAGAAGCAGCUCGGCUUUGCUGGAUGAUCCCUGGAAUGCAGACUCUAACCAGCUACUCUCCUACAAAGUCUGUACUAGGACUUCUUCAGACAAACUGAUAAAUUACUUAAACUCUGAUAGAUCUCACCAUGUGCUUUUGUGCCCUCCCUGCCUUCCCUCACUUCCUAGUUCUCCAUCAGGUAAACAUUUACAACAGAUGUCCAUAGACCAACACAAAAAAAAAAAUCUUAUUCGUGUAUGUAACAGCUUAGCUCCCAUACCCAACCACUGUGCUCACAAAAUUCAGCUAUCACCUCAGGAUGCUAAGAAGUUAAAGUCCCUAAGGACUGGUGCAGUUAUUCUCCUACCAGCUCUAAUCCUUUCCCAGAAAAGGGGACAUUCUCAGAGUCAUAUCCUCUAUUCUCUUUUGCCUGGUCUAUCAGGAGAGCCUCUCAAACUAGGCCGUGUCCUCCCUGCUAUCCCAAGCCAGAAGAAAUCUAAUCCUGCAGAAGAGCUUGAGAAAUCUCUCACCAAACCAGAUGCUAAAAAUUAACUCAUCACACUGGCCUAAAUCAGUUGAAAUAAGUGCAAAUCUAAGUGCUUGUUACAAGAUAACUGUACAGCAAAAUCUCAUUAAUUUGCACUAAUGAUACUCUUAUGAACUUGACUGUAAAUUACUAAAACCGAAGAAAGCAUAGCACAUCACAAAAGCUGCACUAUAUAUAGAUAUACACACACAUGUAUACGUAUAUAUGUGCAUUUUCAUUAUAGAUUUCAUUUAUUAUGAAAUUACUAAAUAUUUAAUAUGCUGUAAACUUACUUUGUGAAUGGAACCCUCAACACAUGAUUUUGUUGCAGUAAUGUGCUGUUAAGCCUUUCAGAGAAAACAGGAACAAAGAGUAAGAUUUGCUGCAUGAUUUAAAAGUCAGAACUAGGAAACAUAAAUUGACAGGGUUUCUCUGUAGUUUGUAAAUACAAAGGUGCUGAUUCGGAUGCUGUGUACCAUCAAAAAAAUCUUUUUAAAAUUAAAACAAUAAGCUGAAAAUAAAAGGCAGUUUUAGCAA